CCCCUCCCCCAGCUGGGGGGAGUGUUCCAGGCGCUUUGCCGAGAGGCCUAAAAAUCCUAGCCGGUUGGAGACCAGCGGGGCCGGCAUCGGGCCCCCCACAUCCCGGGAGUGGUGUCGGCCAAGGCAAGGGGAGCCAAGGCAGCGUCCCCCACCCAGGCCCAGAAGCUGGGGCCAGACCAGAUGCACCCUUUCUUCAAAAAAAGUGCUCUUGGUGAAACUGUGGGCCUCCCGGCUGGACUCCUAUUUACAAAGGAACCGGGGGUUCCAUAAGUAGAACUUAGGGAGAUGUUGGGGUAGGGCAGGUUUUGGAGCGGAGCCAGGCCUACUCAUCUCCCUCUUGGGGAGAGGGAGGAAAGUGGUCCUGUUUGGUUUGGAAAAGCCUGAGAGGAGGCAUUGGCUGCUUUUUCCUGCUGCUGCUUUUGUCCUGAAGCUGAAUUUUGGAGGUCUGUGUGCGUGGGCAGACACCCAAAGCCGGGGCAGGGAAAGGGGCCAGGCUCCCCUUGCCUUGGAAGCACAUUCUCAGGAGCUUGGGCCCCAGAAAGGCAGCUUCUCUGCCGUCUGUCAGGUACUCUUCAAGAGCAGGCAGCCAAUUUGUGGUCCAGUUCUUUGUGUCCUACGUCCCAGGUCCCCAUGGCUGCAGGGAGCCCAGAGUGGCUACUCUUGAUUUCCUGCCUCUUUGCCUUCCCAAGCCUGACCUUGGCUACUUUUGUGAAGGAGAGGUUGGGAGAUUUUAAAAAACCCUAGGUCUUUCAAAGUGUUAUUCCAUGAAACGAGUGCCUGUGCUGUGGCCAGAUAGGCACCCAGCUCUGCUCUCCAUUCCCCUGCCUCCAAGUGUGAGAGAUGAUGUGUCUGCAACCCCAGGCUGUGGGUUGCUUCCUGCUAGGAACCACCCCCCCCCAACCCCCCAGGGACCGGUGUUAGAGUCAGGCUCAGAAUUAGGUCCAUGUGGAGGAAGGGGGUUCAGGAAGUGACACCCCACCAGGGAUGGUCUUAUAGACCUCCUUGGGUACGGUGUGCAUGUGUGUGGAUGGCUGAGGAGAUUGGGAGGAAGGAAGGUCUUGUGGUGAGGCCACCAUCCUCAACCACAAACUCAGAUCUAACACAGCGGCUGAACUUCCAGACUUCAGUCCCCAUCAGCCCUGUUGGCCAUUGGGAGAAAAUUAUAGUGAUUUGAGAGACUGGAUUCCAAAGUGGAGGAAGGACAGACACUUCAGAGAGCUGAGAUGGUCCUGGAACCAUCACCCAGGUAUCAGACUUCAGGCACGGCCCUUCUGUGCCUCUGUGGUGCACCCUGGGCUCUCCUGAAUUGGUAGCUCGGGCUGGAGGUUCCCAGUGGAGACUCCUGGAUGAGAGGCUGCGUUUCAGACGGUGUGUGUGACCAGCAGGCAGUAAGGGGCAGCACAGUGGUUGAAGGCAACCACUGAUGUAUAUGGAUUUGAAGCAUAUAUAUAUUAGUUGUGAUCCCCCCACAGUUACUUCUUUGAGCCUUAGUUUCCUCAUCUGAGAAGCGGCAGUAGUGAUAUAUCCACUAUAUAUGGUUGCUGUGGGGGUUAAAUGAGAAUAUGUGAAAUACUUAGCAUAGUGCUCGACUCAUCGUAAAUGUUUAAAGUGUUAAUAAUGACAGUAACAGUCUGCGACUGCCGCAGACUGGGAAUGGGUGGUGGUUGGUAGAAGAGGGUGAGGGUACAGGAAGGGAGAAGGACGGGGACCCAGUUCACAUUUCACUUAGAUCACUACCCGGAAAGGGGAGGAAAUGGUUUUGUUUUGCCAGGACCCAGCUACCCACCUACCAUGUUGAAUUGAGUAAGUAUGAGAUGAUUUGCACAUCUGACUCCUGGGUGUGACUUUCUUGUUUAAGGUGGGGCCGGCUUAGAAGGAAGGGAAGUGGAGAGGCAAGAGUCUAGUCCAGGUCUUUGGGGUUGGAGGCAGGAGUGCCGAGGACCUGGUGACCUCAGCCCCCAAGGGUGGGUCAGCCAGAGUGGUAGAGAUUCAGUGAUCUCCUCAGUUAGCUGGGAUUGGAGAGACCUGGAGCAUGGACAGGGGAUGUAGAAGGGGCCCUGGCCCUUUGAGUUUGGAGGUCCAGAUUGAGGGAGUCUGGGUGCAAAGGCUAGUGGACGCUCGUGUAGCGUUCAGACCCUUCCUCCCCCUGAAACUGCUCCACUUCUCCCCAUUCAUGGGUGCAUCUUCUUGGUGGGUUCCAAUCCCUGCAGCCUCCUCUGCAGGCUCUGAGGAUGUUUGGACUGUCAGUGAAGUCUCUCACCACCUGGCCUCUUGCCCAUAUGCCCCAGGUAUCUGGCCUUUUCCUACUAAUCCUGCCAAGGUACCACUCAGUGCCUAGAACCUGGCCAAAGAGAGAGACACUUCUGGGACCCUCGGGGUGUCCCUGGCCCUGAGGAGAGACUGGGGUUCAGUGAGAGUGCACAACACACACGGACAGGCCCUCUUUCUGGCCCAGCUCUCUUUCCUCUCAUUGUACCUCUCACUUGUGAGAUGGGGCAGGCAGGUGCUCACUUUAGGGUGGGAGUUUGGCUUGAAAGAGGGGUGGGGAGGUGCCUUGGUGCUGGCUGUCGUGGUGGCGUGACAGGAACCAGGUGAUGUUUGGCCUUUUAUGUUACAGAUACCAACAUAAAUGAGUACAAAGCAAUUACAGACUUCCUGCUGAGUGCCACAGAGACUUUUCGUCAUGUUUUCUUGGCUCACCCUCUCAAGGGCCCUGGGGGGUGGUCCAGAGGACCACCUCACUCUGCAGAUGAGGACGUGGAAAUGUCAGGAGUGAGUUCUGUCAGUGCUGCUGUGUGACAGGCCUGGCUGGACCCAGGUCUCCAGUCGGUGGCUGGCGGGCCAGUCCCAAGAAGACUCUAAGCCCUGGGUCGUGCCUGAGUGGGCCCCUGGUCACGGUGGGCUCUGCCGCUCCUCUGAGGAAAACCUUCCUGCUCAGAGUGCGCCUUAGAGACCGCCUCAGCCUCUCUAGGUUCUGGCCCCACACUUUUCCUUCUGGUGCCUUCUUGGCUUAGAUAUUCAGCCCGGGGUCACUGUGGGCACAAUGACUUGGCUGUUGGCUCCAUGGUGGGCUGUGAGUGUCAGCCAAGCACGUCUGUGGGGACUUUUGGAGCCCUAGGCUUUCAUCUUUGAUUCUUUCAUUAAGAGGCCAGGCCUCCAUAGGUGGUGAAUGAAAAGAGGCCCUUGCCUUCAGGAAAACCAAGGCCAACAGCGACAGUUCCCAGUGGUACCUUUGCUGACAGGGGUGGGGGUGGCAGAAGAAAGCGCAACACCUGGACAGGGCAGUCAGGCUCAGAAAGGAGGUGAUGGAGGCCUGACCUCGGGGGCUGACAGACUGCUAAGGAGACAGACCACAAGGCCAGCUCAAGGCUGGGCCCAAGGCGCCCAGGGAGGGCAGCCCUGUAUCAUCAGGGAGUUUCUUUGUGCUGGCUGCUUGCUCCCGAGGGAGAGGGGCGAGAGCACGUGUCCGGAUCUCCAGAGCUAGCCAUCCUCGCCUGUGUGCUUCCUGUCUGACUAUAGUUUUUCCAGGGGAAGUCAGAGCUCUUAGUGUUUCCUCAGCAGCCCAGGCUUGCCCUGAUGUGUGGGUUUCCAGCCCAGCCUGGCCAGGCCCCCCAGCUGGGGCUUUUUCUUUCCUGUGAACCUGGGAAAGGGGCCUGCUUCACAGAUGCCUGGAAGAGCUGAGGCCCCCAGCUUCUCCCUCCAGCUUGCACACACACAGGUGCACAGGCCUGAGUCACCAGUUAGAGAUCUCAGCCAUCAGCCUUGUUUUGGGUGGCCCUGUGGAAGGAGGGAUGUUUCUUUGCUCCAUAAAUUACCAUGGGACCAUCUCCUGUUUGCCCAGUGCUAGACACUGAGGAUUCAAAAAAAAAUAAGACAUGGGUCGUGCCAUUGAGAGACUCCCAGACUCUUGGAAGAGACAGAUUUGGGAAUGUGUAAUUAGAACUCCAUGUGUCUUGUACCAUAAUAACGGUCUGUACGGAGAGCUUUGGGAAUGCAGAGUAACGAGCUGUGCCUGGCAAGCUGGGGGUUGAGAAGAGACAGCCAGGAAGGCUUCACAGGGGAGGUGACCUGUGAGCUGGGCCUUGAGUGGUUGAGGAACUUGCUGGGCCCUGACGAAGGUACUUCUCACCAUGCAGGGGUUGGGGUGCCUUUCAUGUGGCAGAGGAGAGACUGGGGCAGCCUAAGGAGGGUGCCUUGCCUUGCGUGUUGUGCUCUGUCCUGUGGGCAGCACCUGACACCAGAGGCUGAAGCGGGACUGUUUUGUGUUUGUCUGGGAGCAACUGAGAAGGGGUCCCAGUGAGUUACUGUAGUUUGCAUGGCGCACCCUCCUCGCUGAGGCAGGCGGGAUGCAGGGGUGAUGGAGGGGAAGGGCUGGGCCUGCAGGGGGGAGGCCGUGGAGCAUUCGGGUCCUCAACUCUGACUGCCUAGGUUAAAAUCCUGUUGCGCAGCUCGCUUGCCCUGUGACCCUGAGCAUGCGACUUUAUGCAUUGGCUCCUCGUCUGUAAAAGAGGGCUAGUAACAAACCACAUUUUUCUCGUGGGGGUCUUGCGAGGGUUCGGGGGGAAUCUGUAAAGUGCCCCACGUGGAGUGUGGCACCGUGUAAGCACUUCCUGCAGGGGAGCUCUGACGAGGAGGAAGCUGAAGUUUAAGACCCCCAGGAGGGCCUGGCAUGGAAGGGAGCGAGUGCGCCUGUCGUGAGGAGCGGGCUGGUGCCUGGCCACCAGGUGCUUUGAUUCAGAGAAAAGGAGGCCCACCUGGCCUCUGUGGAGGCUCUCAGCAGCUCCUCUGCCGUCAGGACUCUUUCCUGCUGCUGACCUUUGUGGGGCCUCAGGGCAGUUGGCUGGGAGCAGCUGCAGUGAUAGCACAUGAAGGUCUCCGACGCUCAUUUCUGAGAAGCUCACCCAGAGAAAUGCUGUCUGAGCAUGUUGGCGGGAGACCCCUGUCCUCCAGGAAGUGCUUUAAGGCCAGCCUCUCAGUGGGCUGGGCCUGACUCUGCCUCUCCUGUCCAGGUCGGUGUCCGUCUCUGUUAGCUCCCGGCAUCUCUUUCCGCUGUGUGCCCUUUCCUUUGGGAUGUGGCUUCAAGGAAGCCGGAGGUGGCUAAGGUGGAGCAGGCAAGGCCUAAGGUUGCAAAGGCCUCAAAUGAGGGGCUAGGAACCCCCCCACCCCCACCCUUAGAACUGCAGACGUCAGUGGGGACUUGGAGGAGAGUCCCAGGAGAAGGGGAGGUGGGGUAGGAGGAGGGCAGGGCUCUGGAGCUCCUGGCAGAGUGCUUUGUUCAGAGAAGCAUGGUGCCCAUGCUUCCCUGGGGGAUCUUUGAGAGCAGCCUGCUAACAGGUGAUAAGACUUUAGGCCGAGCCCAGGGUGAGGGGUGGCUUCUAGCAGCUGUGGCCAGAAUCAGCCAAAUUUGGGUCUGAGACUCACCUCUUCCUGUGACCUUGGGUACAAGUUACCAUAACCUGUCUGAAACUGAUCUUCAGCUGUAAAAUUAACUCUCCGUCACAGAGCUGUAUGUUCAUGGUGGUCAAAUGAGAUGGCAUAUGAGAGUGCUCAGCACAGCGUGUGGCACUUGUGGGUACUUUUUUUUUUUUUUGGCCAUGCCCACAGCAUGAGGAAGUUCCUGGGCCAGGGAUUGAACCCGUGCUGCAGCAGUGAUCCAAGCCACUGCAGUGACAACAUGAGACCCUUAAGCCACUGAGCCACUUGGAAACUCCACUUGUGGGUGCUUAAUAACGGUUUCCUUUGCUUUCACCGUAGCUAACUACAGAGCUGCAGUCCGCCUUUCCACCAAGCUGGCCGCCAUGGCUGCUCUCCCAGCCGGGGCUAGAAGUCUGUUUCCUAUUUCUUUGUUCCCUCCCUGAGUCUGUAUACAGAAAUCGGGGGCAGGGGAAAAAUUGAGUAUUUGAAUAGUGCGUUUAGUUGAUGAAGCAUUUUCUCAUCCAUUGUGUUGUUUGAGCGCCAUCACAGCUCCAUGAUUGGAAGGAGUUGGGAAGGCUGAGCUCUCCUUUACAGAUAAGGAAACCAGGCCCCAGGGCUGAGGGCACCUAGCAAGUUCGUGGUGGUGCUGGGAACAGCCUGAGAUACCUGAUUCCCACUGCAACAUUGAGCUUGUCCCCGCACCCUGGAGAAAGCGACAGUAAGUUGACAUUCGCGAAAUCAAGGAGAUCCGCCCAGGGAAGACCUCCCGGGACUUUGAUCGAUACCAAGAGGAUCCUGCUUUUCGACCAGACCAGUCACACUGCUUUGUCAUCCUGUAUGGAAUGGAAUUCCGCCUGAAGACCCUGAGUCUGCAGGCUACCUCUGAGGACGAAGUGAACAUGUGGAUCAAGGGCUUGACUUGGCUGAUGGAGGACACGCUGCAGGCGGCCACGCCUCUGCAGAUUGAGAGGUGGCUGCGGAAGCAGUUCUACUCAGUGGACCGGAAUCGUGAGGAUCGUAUAUCAGCCAAGGAUCUGAAGAACAUGCUGUCCCAGGUCAACUACCGGGUCCCCAACAUGCGCUUCCUCCGAGAGCGGCUGACGGAGCUGGAGCAGCGCAGCAGCGACAUCACCUACGGACAGUUUGCACAACUGUACCGCAGCCUCAUGUACAGCGCCCAGAAGACGAUGGACCUCCCCUUCCUGGAAGCCAGUACCCUAAGGGCAGGGGAGCGGCCAGAGCUCUGCCGGGUGUCCCUUCCUGAGUUCCAGCAGUUCCUCCUCGAGUACCAGGGGGAGCUGUGGGCUGUCGACCGGCUCCAGGUGCAGGAGUUCAUGCUCAGCUUCCUCCGAGACCCCUUGCGAGAGAUAGAGGAGACUUACUUCUUCCUGGACGAGUUUGUCACCUUCCUGUUCUCCAAGGAGAACAGCGUGUGGAACUCGCAGCUGGAUGCCGUGUGCCCAGACACCAUGAACAACCCCCUUUCCCACUACUGGAUCUCCUCCUCUCACAACACGUACCUGACCGGGGACCAGUUCUCCAGCGAGUCCUCCCUGGAAGCCUACGCCCGCUGCCUGCGGAUGGGCUGCCGCUGCAUUGAGUUGGACUGCUGGGACGGCCCAGACGGGAUGCCGGUCAUUUACCAUGGACACACUCUGACCACCAAGAUCAAGUUCUCAGACGUCCUGCACACCAUCAAGGAGCACGCCUUUGUGGCCUCAGAGUACCCGGUCAUCCUGUCCAUCGAGGACCACUGCAGCAUUGCCCAGCAGAGGAACAUGGCCCAGUAUUUCAAGAAGGUGCUCGGGGACACGCUCCUCACCAAGCCCGUGGACAUCGCGGCCGACGGGCUCCCCUCACCCAAUCAGCUCAAGAGGAAGAUCCUCAUCAAGCACAAGAAGCUGGCUGAGGGCAGUGCGUAUGAGGAGGUGCCUACGUCUGUGAUGUACUCUGAGAACGACAUCAGCAACUCCAUCAAGAACGGCAUCCUCUACCUGGAGGACCCUGUGAACCACGAGUGGUAUCCCCACUACUUUGUUCUGACCAGCAGCAAGAUCUACUACUCAGAGGAGACCAGCAGUGACCAGGGCAACGAGGAUGAGGAGGAGCCCAAGGAGGCGAGCAGCAGCACAGAGCUGCAUUCCAAUGAGAAGUGGUUCCACGGGAAGCUCGGGGCGGGGCGGGACGGCCGGCACAUCGCCGAGCGCCUGCUCACAGAGUACUGCAUCGAGACCGGAGCCCCGGACGGCUCCUUCCUCGUGCGCGAGAGUGAGACCUUCGUGGGUGACUACACCCUCUCCUUCUGGCGGAACGGGAAAGUCCAGCACUGCCGGAUCCACUCCCGGCAGGACGCUGGGACCCCCAAGUUCUUCCUGACAGACAACCUCGUCUUCGACUCACUCUACGACCUCAUCACACACUACCAGCAGGUGCCCCUGCGCUGCAACGAGUUUGAGAUGCGCCUCUCUGAGCCGGUCCCGCAGACCAACGCCCACGAGAGCAAAGAGUGGUACCACGCGAGCCUGACCAGAGCGCAGGCCGAGCACAUGCUGAUGCGCGUGCCCCGGGACGGGGCCUUCCUGGUGCGGAAACGCAAUGAGCCCAACUCCUACGCCAUCUCCUUCCGGGCUGAGGGCAAGAUCAAGCAUUGCCGUGUCCAGCAGGAGGGCCAGACUGUGAUGCUGGGCAACUCGGAGUUUGACAGCCUCGUGGAUCUUGUCAGCUACUAUGAGAAGCACCCGCUGUACCGCAAGAUGAAGCUGCGCUAUCCCAUCAACGAGGAGGCAUUGGAGAAGAUCGGCACAGCUGAGCCUGACUACGGGGCCCUGUAUGAGGGCCGCAACCCUGGCUUCUACGUGGAGGCCAACCCUAUGCCGACUUUCAAGUGUGCCGUCAAAGCGCUCUUCGACUACAAGGCCCAGAGAGAUGACGAGCUGACCUUCACCAAGAGCGCCAUCAUCCAGAACGUGGAGAAGCAGGAGGGAGGCUGGUGGCGGGGGGACUAUGGUGGGAAGAAGCAGCUGUGGUUUCCGUCCAACUACGUGGAAGAGAUGGUCAGCCCUGCGGCCCUGGAGCCCGAGAGGGAGCACUUGGACGAGAACAGCCCCCUGGGGGACUUGCUGCGGGGGGUCUUGGAUGUGCCAGCCUGUCAGAUAGCCAUCCGUCCUGAGGGCAAGAACAACAGGCUCUUCGUCUUCUCCAUCAGCAUGGCGUCGGUGGCACAUUGGUCCUUGGAUGUGGCUGCUGACUCACAGGAGGAGCUGCAGGACUGGGUGAAAAAGAUCCGAGAGGUGGCCCAGACCGCGGAUGCCAGGCUCACAGAGGGGAAGAUGAUGGAGCGGAGGAAGAAAAUCGCCUUGGAGCUUUCUGAGCUCGUCGUCUACUGCCGGCCUGUUCCCUUCGAUGAAGAGAAGAUCGGCACAGAACGCGCCUGCUACCGGGACAUGUCGUCCUUCCCGGAAACCAAGGCUGAGAAGUAUGUGAACAAGGCCAAAGGCAAGAAGUUCCUCCAGUACAACCGGCUGCAGCUGUCGCGCAUCUACCCCAAGGGCCAGCGGCUGGACUCCUCCAAUUAUGACCCCUUGCCCAUGUGGAUCUGUGGCAGUCAGCUGGUGGCCCUCAACUUCCAGACCCCAGACAAGCCGAUGCAGAUGAACCAGGCUCUCUUCAUGGCCGGCGGGCACUGCGGCUACGUGCUGCAGCCAAGCACCAUGAGGGACGAGGCCUUCGACCCCUUCGACAAGAGCAGCCUCCGCGGGCUGGAGCCGUGCGCCAUCUGUGUUGAGGUGCUGGGGGCCCGGCAUCUGCCGAAGAAUGGCCGAGGCAUUGUGUGUCCUUUUGUGGAGAUUGAGGUGGCCGGAGCAGAGUAUGACAGCAUCAAGCAGAAGACAGAGUUUGUGGUGGACAACGGACUGAACCCCGUGUGGCCGGCCAAGCUCUUCCACUUCCAGAUCAGUAACCCCGAAUUUGCCUUCCUGCGCUUUGUGGUGUAUGAAGAAGACAUGUUUAGCGACCAGAACUUCCUGGCUCAGGCCACCUUCCCGGUGAAGGGACUGAAGACGGGAUACAGAGCGGUGCCUUUGAAGAACAACUACAGCGAGGACCUGGAGUUGGCCUCCCUGCUCAUCAAGCUCGACAUUUUCCCCGUCAAGGAGAACAGCGACCUCAGUCCCUUUGGGGGGACGUCCCUGCGGGAGCGGGGCUACGACAUCUCUGGCCAGCCGGCACACGGCCGGGCCCGGGAGGGCUCCUUCGAAGCCCGCUACCAGCAGCCGUUUGAGGACUUCCGCAUCUCCCAGGAGCAUCUCGCAGACCAUUUUGACAGUCGGGAGCGAAGGGCCCCACGAAGGACUCGGGUCAAUGGAGACAACCGCCUCUAGCUGUGCCCCAGCCUCGCAGAGAGCAGCCGGGGCCGAGCACCCCGCAGAGUGCCGUGAACUGGGUUCUUGGGAAGCGGCCUGCCGUGGCCGCCCUCCUGGCCCCGCCGCCUGGAGGCUGGGUCCCAGCAGUGAACGCUAGACGAAAACCAUGCCAUUAAUGAGAUGUAUUCCUGUUUUGGGCCUCCAUGCCCCAGCUCCGGGGAAGGCAGAAACGUACUGUGUCUCGCAUUUAAGCACACACGGCCCUGACUUCCGGAGAUGGAGCCGUCCAUCUGUGGGGCCAGGACCACAGCCGCAGCUCCUGGGGGAGAGAGGUGGCCUCAGCCAGCGGCACAGGCGGCUCUGAGGACCGCUGACAUUCCUGAGAGGAGAGGAGGGGGAGCAGCCUUGCUGGGCGAGGGAAACAAAAGUUUACACAGUCUGUAGCUUUAAACUGACAGCCAGGCAGGGAGGGAGCCUAGAUGUCCCCUUAGUCUGGUCCUGGGGCCAGGGCGGAGGAGCACAGGGCCUGCCUGGAGAGGAGGACACAGCACAAGGGCACGCCGCCCAGUCAGGAGCACUACCCAGCCUGGCACACGCAGGGACUCGUGUUAAAAAUAGUGGUAUUGGGCAGUCCUGGGCCGUUGGGUUGCCCCGAGAGGGGCCAGCAGAGGAAGCCGAGCCCCGGGCUGCCGCUUGGAGCCAGGACAGCGACAGCGUGUCCCAGGGCCAUGGGAGUGUGAGGGCCCCAGGGCUGAAAACUGGGCGGUGCCUCCUUCCAUGUCAGCAGCGAGACCCGCAGCAAGAUGACAGCUCCAGACCGUGGUCAGGAUGAUGGGCACCGGCAUGGCCGGAGUGGAAAAGCCAGUCAUCGAGGCAGAGGUCAAGUGGGGACUGUCCCCGUGCGUUCAGGAAACCCCUGCACACGAGCAUCGUGUCCUCCCUCAGCAAGGCGCCCUCCGCAGCCCCGCUGCCACCCCGGCUCAGACCGAAGACCUCGUUCCCUGUUGCAGCGAAAGCCACGACCUUGGCUCUGAGCCUGCCAGACGACACUGCACGAGGAGGCCGAGGGGAUCUCCAGUAUUCGUGGAAGCAGUCCAGUCCUGUUCGUAGACAUACGUGACGUUGCAGUGUGGAAUUGUAAAGUUUCUUUUUUGCACACACUCUGUUUCUCACUGUCUUCAUUCCUUCAUGUAGGAUGUAUGAUUUUCUAUGUCUUCCACUUCUGACCUGAAAGCUGCUUGGUGGGGGGAUUGGGGAAACAAAAUGAACAAACUUCUCUGUGCACUGUGGCAGAACUGUUAUUUUUAUGGAUUUUACAGCUCAACUAACAGUGUUACCUUUUCAAGAUUUAUAUAUACUCUUCAGAAGAACCACUGAGCCGUUAAAGCCUUGUUAUUACUCAAUCCUAAUAGUGAUUCAGUUUUCUAUAGCUUACUUUUAGGGUAGCUGGUAAAUUAUUUAACAUGAAAUUUUCCAUAUCAUGGAUUGUAAACCGACAGAAAUUAUACAAUUUCUGAGAAGACAUUGAUUUAUUUAAACUAAUUCUCAAGUUGUGUUUGAAAGUAUGACCUCACAGUCAGCUGUCCAUAGCAAACAUGUCUAUAUAUGGUUGCCAACGUUUGGUUUAUAAUUUAAAUGUUAUUAAAAAUUUUAAAUUUUA